AUGACAGCAUCACAGCAGAACACCUCCCCUACGACCUCCCCUCCCAAACCCCCCUCACACCCCAACACCAACACCAACACCAACACCGCCAAACAUGACCCUCCCCCCCGCCCACAACGCCUCCUCUUCAUAGCCUCAAUCGGCAACCCAGCACCAUACCGCACAACCCGUCACAGCGCCGGCCACAUCCUCCUCGACGCUGUAACCCCCCAUCUCCGCACCCGCCUCGGCCCCUCCCUCUCCCCCGCUCUACACAACCUUCUACAGCCCCUCGCUCAUGAACAUCUCCGGCCCCAAAGUGAUCUCCCCAGUGGAGCUUUGCCCGUCGCCGCGAGUACCGGGUACCCGGCUACGCUGGUGAUUCUGCAUGAUGAGCUUGAGGCGCCGCUGGGAAAGGUUAGGGUUAAACGGGGUGGGGCGGAGAGUGCGAGUUUGAGAGGGCAUCGGGGGUUGAUUAGUGUUUUGGAGACGUUGCGGGGGAAGGGGUUGUUUCAUGGGAUGGUUAAACAGGGAUCGGGAGAGGGAAAGUGGCAAGCGCAGGGGAAGAAGCGUGGGAAGGAUGAUGGGUUGGCGAGGGAGUUGGAUGUUUUGAGGGUUGGGGUGGGUAUUGGGAGGCCUGUGGGCAGGGAGAAGGAUGCUGUUGCGGAUUAUGUGUUGACGAAGAUGGAGGGGAGGGAAUUGGAUGCUGUGAAUAGGGCGGCGGGGAGUGUGGUGGAUGUUUUGGAGGAGGAGAUUUAUCGGGUUGGCUGA